UGCAAAUUUGUGGGUUGCUUUACAAGAUGACAGACUAAUCAUUUACCUCAGGAAUUAGGACCAACUGGAGAUCCAGAGGCCAGAUUGCGAUGCACGAACGGAACUCUGGGUUGACCGAGAGUGAUCUUCGUCUUAUGGAGUGCAGACCAAAAUUUCAGCAGUGAUGGGACUCAUGGCAAUGUUGAACAGUCAAAGUGUUCAGCUGGAUGGGACCGUGGCAAUCAAUGCCCGCCUACCCGCGCUCCCGUCGCCGCCCGCCUCACAGAUUCACAGCUCGGCCAAUGUUUCUGUCCGCUGGCCAUUCCCAGCAAGCUUCAGCGCGUCCAGGGGUUUUACGGAGGGUCGUCCGUUGUUAUGCCCUCGGAUCGAGCCCGUCGAGGCUUGGCCCUCCCCCGUCUCAGAGACCUUUCAGUCAGCCUAUCGUGCCUGUGCCUGUGUGCCCGGGGCUAGGUAUUCAGCUAUUGGACGGUGGACCAAUGCUUCCCUCCUGUGGCCCCCUCGUCGAGUGGUCUGUGGGAGAUGCUGAUUGGGCGUGGCCCUUGCAUAGAUCCUCCCCUUGUCGCGUGGCCGGUGCUAUGGAGAAAAAUUGUGACGGACUCUGGCGAUUUGGCCCGCGAGCGGAGGCUUCCGGGCUAAAGAAGCCACAUCUCGGGUCACUCUGUUAGUGUCUGACAGAAAGACGAUGAUUGGUGCCGAAUGUUGGACUACGGCGAAGACGGUGAUGCCC